AAAAACAAAUAGUUGCAACAACUCAACCCGACGAUUGAGAUAUUUUCAAACUCGAAUUUUCUCGUAUGCGGAUUUUACAGAAUACUAUUCUCUCAUCGAAGUAUUUCAAUAAAAACCUCAAUGGACCCCAAAUUGCAAGAUUUUAAUGCGGGAUCGAUCUUGCUUGACGGCUGUGAAACCAUUUCGUACCCAGUUCAUUCACCUGAUUCUGUGUGAUUCCAUAGUGCUUUGUAGAGGAAAUGUAAUUAAGGUCAUUUAAAUUUAUCUGAACCCUUGUCAACUUUAGCCGACAGUCAUGAACAAUACAACAAAAAAUACCAAGAAGCGCACCUACCCAAUAUCCAUCUACAACCCGUUUGUUUUGCUUGAAAAUAUUGACGUGGCGAUGGCUAGAAUGAAGAAAUUUUCCAAAUCCAAACACAAAAUUGAGACGAAGCCUAAGGAAUACUUCCAUGUUCACACCUUGGCUCUGAUUGGUGAAGACCUUGGUACAGAUUCCGAAGCAGAAGAUGACCCAGUCUGGGCUCAGAAGCGUCGUAAAAAUCGUGUAGAAGAUUUUUUUGAUUUAAACAGCGGCGAAAAAGAGUUGAUAAUCAUGUGGAAUUUAUUUAUCACACGUUAUCGUACUAGAUAUGUCGGUAAAUGUCACGUUUUGCAAGCUUGCAAGGACUUCGUUAAAGAAUACGGAAGUGAUAUAUUCAGCAAAAGACUCUAUAACAAUUUUAUACUACAUUUAACCAACCUUGGCGAUCAUAAAAUAUUGCCUGCUAAGCAAGUUGUUCGAGUAGUACGGAGUUUGAAGAAAAAUUGUUUUAUAGAAGAUUAGAUUAGUACAUUUGUUAAUUUAUUAAUUACAUCCUUUGUUUUUACCAUUUUGUUUUUGUUUAAUUUUGUUUUUAGCAUCAUGUUCCAUGCAAUAGAGAUUUAACGUGUAUAUAAAAUUAUUACUGUUGGGGACAAGUUAUAUUUUAUUUUAAAAGAGUUGACUAGGGUUAAAAUUAGGUUAGACAUUCUUAUAAUGAGUUUAUACGUUUUAUUCUAUUAUAUAAUGAAUUAUAAUGUUUCACAAAUUUUGAAUAUUUUGAUCUGGCCAAAAUUACAAGGAUGAUAAUGUUUAAAAUUUUAAUUUGUUUUAAAGUCCGACAUUGACAUGUUUAUAGGAAUAUAAUUUGAUUAAAUCUAUCGCAUGCAAGACAAAUGAA